AUGGUAGGAACAUCCAUUUGGGAUUACGUUCUGAUCCGUACAUCUAUAUUCCUCCUGUCACUGAUCGCGCCGCUCAGUACUCUUUAUUCGCUAGCCAGAGUGCUAUUUCCUCUCCCUCUACCAUUCCCCGUCGGGCUUGAGGUAUGGCUCGCCCUGGAAGCGGUGUUCUACCUGGUCUUCUAUCUUCCGCGCCGAGCCUACCUUCAGAGAGCCGCGGUACAUCCCCCGACCGCCUGUCGAGAAGACCGGCGGAGGCUUUUCCGAGAGUGCAACAACAACGUUCCAGACCCGGAACGGUACUUGACGAAGUGGUUCCAGGAUGCGCCCUUGUCCGAGAUCAAGCGAGAAAACAUGAAGGAGUUUUUCCGGUGGGCGUUCUUGAACACCGGAGAUGUUGACCCUGCACAUGAUGAGGAACUUGAGGAUCGAGAUGCUGCACCGGAGUUUGACUUGGUACCUGCGUGGGUCUAUUUGCGCUACUACUCGUUCGAAUUCCACGGCACCUCUGUCGCGGCGGUCUUCCCCUUGCGUCCCUUUACUCCAUUCGCCACCAGUCGCUCCCCCGCCAAGACUCUUACUUACUGGCACCGGCCGCACACAUCUAAGACGAGGCUUCCCGUCCUGUUCAUUCAUGGCAUUGGCAUCGGACUAUACCAAUACAUAAAUUUCUUAGCUGAUCUCAACGCCGAAGGCAGCCAGAGUCCGUCGGAUGGACAGCUACGGAAGUAUAGUCACUACGCAUCUCCUUCGCGCGCCACGGACCGCGAAGGUGAUUGGCCCGAUUUUGAUUUCCACAUCUCCCGAUCAUCGACCUCGGCUAACCUCCUUAAUAACCAGACGUACCGAAAGCCGACCCGUGCAAAUGAACAUCUGCUUUCGUACUUUGGCGCGAAAGACAUGGGCAUCUCGCACACGUUAUUCCGGCGUUUCUUCUGGGCUGAAAAUAUCCUGUGGAAAGAAGACAUCCAGGGCCAUUCCGUCAGUGUGGUCUUGUCCGGCAGAGAUUCAAUAAUUGACGCCAAAGUCAUCGGUGCAUAUCUGACAGGCGCACCUGAUGGGGGUCUUGACACCGAAAGAUGGAAAGAUGGAGUGUGGAAAGGUGGACUGUUAGAGGUGCUGUGGUUUCCAGACUUAGAUCAUGGACAGGCGUUUGACGGGAAGAAGGCGAGAAGAAGAUUGGUUGAUGUGGUUAGGAGGACCAGGGUAUCGAGUGAGAAUCGGGCAACUGGUGGUUAA